GUAGGGUUACUGAAGUUGGGCUAGCUGGUAUAUAAUGAUGUGCUACGUGACCGCUAGCGACACAGCUAUGUUAGCAUAAUAUAAACAGUUAUGUUUGAGUUAUGAUGCAGCUGUUACUGGGCAAAGUAUGGGACUAAUCCGUGGACAGAUGAUUAUAAGUUGUAUUGUAAUAGCUUUGUGCUAACGAUGCUAUUUGUUAACUCAGAGCUGAUAUUUAUUUCUUUACAUCUUAGUUCUGGACAUUAUAGAUGAAAAUGAAAGAAAUCAAAACUGAAUGAGGAUCUGAUGGUACGGUCACCGGAGCAACCUGCAAAUCUAAAGGCGACCACAGCAUUUAAAUCAUUACAUUGGGCAAAACAUGCUAAAUUGAGCAUGUGCAAUCGUGUGAGAGUGGUUUGGGAUCUUUGAGAGGAUGAAAAGUAGUUUUCUUGAAAUGUGCUUGUUUAAUUUGCUUAGCUAGUGGAGUGUAACUUCAGUGUAAGGCCUCAAAUCAAAACCUUGAUUAACUGAACAGUUUACAGUUAUUGAUUGAUUAUUUUAUACACACACACUCAUGUCAUUUUUCAUUCAUUGCUCAUCUCAACUAUAAACAAAAAUGAAAAUUCGGCCUUGACAAUGACACCAGAGCAUGCAGAAGGAUUUAUUAAUGCAUAUCAUUUGAAAGGCAACAAAAAUGCCAGUGUCAUGGUGGUGCGAGAGGAAAGGUGAGGGGAUCAGCACACGUGAUAGAAUUCAUCCUCUGCACCAUAGACUAUGAUUGUUUGGACUAAAGGCACACAUGGAGAACUGAGCAUCAUUGCUAUUCCUAUGUCAAGCUGCUAGCAUGCUGGGAAAGAAAAGCAUAUAUUAAUAUAUUACAAGUCUCUGGGUGUCGUUGCAGACGUGUGCUUUAACGAAAGCAAUACGUUUUUGAACACUUGUGAGUCAUCUUCGUUUUACAUCAUCACUGGUAGGUGUAUGUUUAAGGGCACUAAAUGUUGGGACACAUGGCUUAUGUCAGAAAUCUGAGUGGACCAGGUUGGAGUCUUUAAAUCGAGUUGCCGACAGUCCUCAUGAUUUAAAAAAAAAUGCUUGAUAUUUGCUACUGAUGGAGUUAGUCAGGUGAGGGAGACAUUUUUCAUUCACGGUGAAUGUAACGGCAGCUCCUGCUUUGCUCCAUGUGCUGGAUCGCUUUGGUUAACUCCGUUCAUGUUUGUAUAUGUGUGAGUAGUAGGUACCUGUGCGUCCUUCUCACAGCUUUUUUGACAGCUUUGUCUUGGGACGAGUGACGGGGUGACUGACUGGCUGUAAUUUGGUUGUCAUGGAUACAGAUGUAGCAGAUACACGCGCACACGAGCACGCACAGACAGCAGUGUGACUCCAGGGGUUGAUGCGCCUCAAAUAGAAACGCAGAGAUGAGUCAUCCGCCAAGCUGCUGCAGUACACACAAACACACACACACACACACACACACACACACACACACACACACACACACACACACGCACACUCACCUUUAGUAGAUGUGUUUGGUAUGUUAGACCACUGAGAUGUCAGACAUGUUGCCUGGACAGUUUCAUCUGCUAGUAUAAACACACGAAAGGCUGAUUUUAAGCUAACAGCACAUGUCUUUAAUAAAUAAUCAUAGUGUUGGAUAACAGAGCAGCAACACAGCAGCCCAUUCAGUUUCAACAAGACAGGACACUUCAAGUUAACUUUCUGUAUUUACAUUUUCUCCCUUUGCUGUGUAUAUAGUCUUUACUUGUGAGUCAUACUGAGGCAGCCUUAGAUCUGCUGGAGGACACAGGGAGCUGUUUACACAGGAGGUGAGGAUGAUGAGGGAGAUGAAGGUGAUGAGGAGGAGGUGGGAUAGAAGUGAUGAUAAAAUGAUUCAAAGAAACAUUUCUGUAAAGGAAACAGCAGCGACAGUGGUCAACGCAGAGAUGAAAAGCAGACAAAUACAUGAAUUAGACGGGUCCUGAGCUGGUCUGCUGGAUUUGUUCGUCUGUUAAAUGUAAAAUCACUGAUUACACAGAGCUCAGUUUGUUCUCCUCUUUUGCUUUUUCUAAUCCUUGCACUCUGCAUUUGCCAGCAGCUGAGACAUCCCAUUAUAUUUCGUUAUGAGGACCAAAACCUAUUCUUAAUCUCUAGCUUCUGUUAUGACUGAAUACUGAAUGGAACAAACAAAUUCUAUAAAGAGCAGUUUCAAUGAAUAAUAUCCACGCUGACAGCAAAGUGAGGCGUGUAGCUUCUGGUUACAAAGAAGCCUUUGCAGGAUUCUCUGUGACAGUUUUCUAUUGGAAGUGAGGUGACUGAAAAAUGUCCGAAAGAAUAGAAAAAAAUUUCUGAAGCCCGGAGAACGACUGCUCAGGGUCAGAAUAUAAGAAAACAAAAGUCUGGCUCACUGGAAGCAAAAUGGGAAGAAAUCAGAGGUAACUUAAGACUUAUGCACAGUCUUGUAGUUAUACUUAAUUUAAAUUCCUUUUUGAAAAUUACAUUUUUCAACAAAAUGUGAAGAAACUGUUGUGAGUUUGUGUCCAAAAGCGUCUUUGUAUUGUGUUUAAGAGAUUUUAACGAAAGCCUAACUAGAUCUGGCUGUACUUUAACUACCAGCUUUUAACCACAAGAUGGUGCAAGUGAGGCGGUGUACUCUUUGUUUAACCCAGCAAGUCCUUAAGACCACAGACGUAUUGGCAGCCUGGCAAGUGGCAGAUGCUCUUAAAGAAAUGGUGGCAGCGAAUAAAAAAAAGUUAAGCAGCCAUCAAAUAAUAACAUCUUAAACCACUAGUAAAACACUGCCCCCUGAUGGUGGAAGUUGUAGCUAAUUCAAACAAGUGUCUUUAAGGCUUCAACGUUUCUUUUCAAUAAAAACCUGUUUAAGGGUUAAGUGAAUGAAGCCUCACAAAAACAAUGAUUAACAAUAUUGUUAAUGCAAUUUAACAGCAAGUACAGCUUAAAGCUGCAGAACCAUUCGCAGCACCAACCUGAUGGUGGUACUAAAUGGAACAGUUAUCAGGAUUCCUCCUCUGGGAGCCAUGAAUGUUGGCCAAUCCUUUGGCUGAAUGUUGACAUAUUUUAUUGGUCAGGUGGACAUAUCGGCCAGCCGGUGGCACUAAAUGACCAUUCAGCAGAUGAGCAGGCUUUAUCCUCUUGGCACUGUGGAUGCUUGGAGCUGAUAUCACACUGCGAUCUUACACUGACUGUGCCAUCCCCCAGUGCCCGCUGCUAGCUAACAUAAACACCUGCACGGCCACAAUUUGUGCACCCAAAAAAAGGGGGGUCGUGGAGCUAGCAGAGCAAGAAGAGGUCCACAGUGCCCGCCCACACUCUUUGAUUGACAUACAGUAUUUGGCAAGCACAGCACAGAAACAUGAAAGCACCCAGCGCCACCCUCCCAUCCCCACCCCAGAGCUGCAGGCUUACUGCUCCCUCCUUCUCUCCUUCUCUCCCCUCUCUCUGUCUAUUUUUAUCUCUAGCUCCUCCUCUACCCUAGCAGGCUAUUUUCAGCACUGUUCCCCCACCCCAAUCGCCUGUGUUUGUAAAUGCUUCUCUUCUCUUCUCUUCUCUUCUCUUCUCUUCUCUUCUCUUCUCUUCUCUUCUCUUCUCUUCUCUUCUUCUCGUGUCCUUGCUCCCUCUCCUUUCUAUGAAGUAAAAUGAGCUGUUGUUGACUUUUCUCUGUAUCCGUCUAACUUCCUUUCCACCCAGUGAUCUACUUUCAGCCUCUCUCUCUCUCUCUCUCUCUCUCUCUCUCGGUCACCCUCCUCCCUCCGUCUCCUGUCUCUCUGUCGACGUUCAUUCAGUAGCUCAGUGAGCGUCUCUCUCACACACACACUCAUCAGUGACUCUCAGUCAGUGAAUAUUAGCCGUCUGACCAGCAGCUGUUUGUGGUCGCUGUGUGGAGCUCCACUAUCCUCUGUCUUAUGAUAAGAGGACAGCGUGCCAUCUCCUCUCCUGCUGCUCAGUUUCUCAGUGAGGACUCCAAACUCGCCGUCCCAGCGUUCUUCCAUUUCCUUCUCUGUCUGUCGUUCUCUCAGUGCUUCGUUCUAAUUUUGGAAACAUGGAACCUCGGGGAGCGCUCUCCCAAAGCUAUUUACGUCCUCGCCUCUCCUCCUCCUCCACCUCCUCCUUGCUCUCCUCCUCUUCCUUCUCUUCCUCCUCCCUCUCGUCAGCCAGGAGGAGAACAGCGUGAGGAUUCUUUGAUGCACACAGAGCUGUGGAAUUGGGCUGCUCCUCUGUCUGUAUUUUUAUUGUGUUGACGAGGCUGCAGCAGCUCCUCUCGUCGUCGCUCCUCGCUCUCACAGCCUGUGGGUGACUGGAUUUUCUCUCGCAGCUGAAUGGAAGAAACAAACUUUCUGUUCCUUCCAUCUGCAACACACCCCAACAGCACUGGAGCCAGCACUGUGUUUCUGCAUGGAUCAGGACUCCAGGUGAUGUAGGUACAGAGAAAUAAACCAAAAGACCACACAGACACUUUUCAGGUGGUCUCCUUUGGCUGUUGACAUUUUGAUUGAUCUGCGAAGCCCAGCGGAGGGGAGGCUUUCUGUGGGCUGCAGCCGAGACGACGAUAUUAGAAAGGAGGAGUUUGCUCAAAGUGUCGCCCGCUCGUCAUCACAACUCGAGCUGAGCAGUCAGAGACGGCAGAAGCUCCAGGAGUCCGAUGGAGACUGGAUUACACAAGAGAAGCAGAGAGGUGUUCAAUUAUUUUCUUUUCUUGUAAUUUGCGGCCGUUCCCUGCAGAAGUUAGUUUUGAAGUUUUCAGUUUAACUGUAUGGGUCUACGGCAUGCCUGCGUCUCGGAUGAAGAAGUGACUGGUUUAACAAAAUAAAGCGCCGGCUCUCGCCUUGGCAUGCUGUUGCAUCCCACCGUGUCAGGAUUGUGCGCCAUGUUGCAGACCAUCUAUGAGACUGAGUCCUGUUUUUCCUCCAGCAGCACAGACAGCCACCAUCAGCCUCUGGAGCUCCUGAGCGGCAACAGGGGCUCCAGCGCUGCCAUGCCCACUGCUGUAGUGGAGGUGAAGAGCAGCCUCCCAUCAGGCAUGCAGAGCCCAGUAGGAACAGCAAGCGAGCAGAGAGGAGGAGGAGGAAGUGGUGGAGAAGGUGGUGGGAGUCCAGGAGAAAGCCCGGGAGGAGGAGGAGGAGGCCCGGUGGACCUGCGAACUGAGCCCAGGGUAGGGUCUGUGUCCGGGGGGGCAGUGGUGGACACAGCCAUGAGAGAGCAGCAGCUCCAGCAGGAACUCAUUCUCCUCAAGCAGCAGCAGGAGCUGCAGAAACAGCUGCUGUUUGCAGAAUUUCAGAAAAAACACGAAGUGCUAACAAGACAACACGAAGUCCAGCUGCAGGAACACUUAAAGCAACAACAGGAGCUGCUGGCAGCCAAACGACAGCAGGAGCUGGAGCAGAAGAGGAAGCUGGAGCAGCAAAGACACGAAGAGCAGGAGAAACAACGGCUGGAGCAGCAACUGCUGCUGCUGAGGAACAAGGAGAAAGGCAAAGAGAGUGCCAUUGCCAGCACAGAGGUGAAGCUGAAGCUGCAGGAGUUCCUUCUCAGUAAGAAGGAGCCUGGUUCUGGCGGACUAAACCAUUCCUUCUCCCCAAAGUGCUGGGGAGCCCAGCACACCUCCCUGGAGCAGAGCUCGCCUCCGCAGAGCAACACACCGGGGACUCCUCCUUCCUAUAAACUGCCCCCUCUCCUGGGGAACUAUGAGGGCAAAGACGACUUCCCACUCCGCAAGACGGUCUCUGAGCCUAACCUGAAGGUGCGUUCACGCUUGAAGCAAAAGGUGGCAGAGAGGCGGAGCUCCCCUCUCCUCCGCAGGAAGGACGGAACUGUCAUCAGCACCUUCAAGAAGAGAGCCAUAGAGAUAUCAGUUUCCUCUCUCUGUAACAGUGCUCCGGGGUCAGGUCCCAGCAGUCCCAACAGUUCCAAUACAGCUAUUGCCAACGGCAAUACUGGAUCAGUCCCCAACAUACAGACUGAGCUGAGGUCUCUCCAUCAGACGCUGGGGGCUGAUGGGACAUUGAGUCCUCUGAGUCUUUACACCUCACCCUCCCUGCCGAAUAUCUCGCUGGGCCUCCCUGCCAACACACAUAUCACGCCCUCCCAGAAGCUGUCUGCCCAGCAAGAGGCAGAGCGUCAGGCCAUCCAGUCGCUGCGGGGGGGUGGAGCUCUAACAGGAAAGUUUCUCUCCACGUCCUCCCUUCCAGCAGGUGUGGGACAUGAUGUGGAGACUCCGCCCCCCAGCUCUCAUUCAGCCCAUUCCUCGUUACUGCAACACGUACUACUGCUGGAGCAGGCUAGGCAACAGACUGCUAUGCUAGUGCCCAUGUACAGCCAAUCGCCGCUGGUUACGGCAGAGAGAGGUGUGUCGGGUGGCAUGCGGGCCGUCAACAAGCUGCCUCGCCACCGGCCGCUGGCUCGUACGCAGAGCGCACCUUUGCCCCAGUCCCCCCAGGCCCUGCAGCAACUGGUGGUUCAACAGCAGCACCAUCACUUCCUGGAGAAGCAUUACAAGAUGCUGUCAAAGGGGACAGAUUUACCUAGGCCACCACCCACUCACCCAGAGGAAACAGAGGAGGAGCUUACAGAGACCAAUGACAUGCAGGAGGAGGAUGAAGGGGUGGGCCUUCACAGGCUUCAGAAGGAGGGGUCUGAUGAUAGCACGCCUUCGUCUGAGCGUCUCGGCGUGCACGUGAAGGGUGAGGAGGAGUGUGGAAGCGUGCAUAUCAAAGGGGAGAGCACCGAGAGUGAGCUGGAAGAAGAGGAAGAGGAUGAAGAUAUCAUUCAGUUGAGGGAGGGCGACGAAGAGGAGAGAGGGAGUUACAGUCAGGCCUUGCAGCAGCUGGGCGUGUUCCAGUCCUCGUUGCCCCACAGACCCCUGAGUAGAGCGCAGUCCUCUCCUGCAGCUGCCGUUAAUCCCAUCAAACACCUCUUCACUACCGGGCUUGUAUAUGACAGUCUGAUGCUGAAACAUCAGUGUGUGUGUGGGAACGCUCACAUCCACCCAGAGCAUGCUGGGAGAGUUCAGAGCAUCUGGUCCAGACUGCAGGAGACGGGCCUGCUGGGCCGCUGUGAGAGGAUUCGUGGGCGUAAAGCAUCUCUGGAUGAGAUCCAGUCCGUCCAUUCAGAGUUCCACACCCUGCUGUAUGGAACCAGUCCGCUCAAUCGGCACAAACUGGACCACAAGAAGCUGCUCGGUCCGAUUAGCCAGAAGAUGUACGCUGUUCUUCCCUGUGGAGGAAUAGGGGUGGACAGCGACACAGUGUGGAAUGAGAUGCACUCAUCGGCUGCAGUGCGCAUGGCGGUGGGCUCGGUCAUCGAGCUGGCCUUCAGAGUGGCUGCAGGGGAGUUAAAAAAUGGCUUCGCAGUUGUUCGUCCUCCAGGGCACCAUGCUGAGGAGUCCACGGCUAUGGGCUUUUGUUUCUUCAAUUCAGUCGCCAUUACUGCCAAGCUGCUGCAGCAGAAACUCGGAGUGGGCAAGAUCCUCAUUGUGGACUGGGACAUUCACCAUGGCAACGGCACUCAGCAGGCCUUCUAUAGUGACCCCAACGUCCUCUACAUUUCCCUCCAUCGCUACGACGACGGAAACUUCUUUCCUGGCAGCGGCGCUCCAGAGGAGGUGGGAUCAGGUGCAGGUGUUGGUUUUAAUGUGAACAUAGCGUGGACCGGAGGAGUAGAUCCCCCAAUGGGUGAUGUGGAGUACCUCACUGCUUUCAGGACUGUGGUGAUGCCCAUUGCUCAACAGUUCAGUCCAGAUGUGGUCCUGGUGUCAGCAGGCUUCGAUGCAGUGGAGGGUCAUCAGUCUCCUCUGGGAGGCUACAAUGUCUCUGCCAAAUGUUUUGGUCAGCUAACGCAGCUGCUCAUGGGUCUGGCGGGUGGGCGGGUUGUUAUGGCGCUGGAGGGCGGUCAUGACCUCACCGCUAUCUGUGACGCAUCGGAGGCCUGCGUCUCUGCGCUUCUGGGAGACCCGUGUGACUCUAUGUUUCAGUGGCCUCAGGAGCAGCCCUGUCCAAAAGCCUACGCCUCCCUGGAGAGAGUAAUAGAGAUCCAGAGUAAACACUGGUCCUGUCUCCAGAGUUUGUCUCAGACCAGUGGACACUCGCUACUCGACGGCCCCUUGGGGCCUCAAGGCCAGUCAGAGAAGGAUGAGGCGGAAACGGUCAGCGCCAUGGCGUCUCUGAGCGUUGAUGUUGAGCAGCCAGGCUCUGUUCCUGAUAGCACAGAAACCAGCAGGUCCACAGAGGAACCUAUGGAAGAGGAGCCCAUUUUGUAGGAGGAGCUUAAACAAGAAGCACACCAAACUUCCACUUACAUCUCCUUCUAGCACCUCUCUUUCUCUUCCUCUUCCUCCAUGGAGUGUGCAUUGGUAAACACAACACACACACACAGAGCGCAGUCGUGCUGUUGUGGAGGACUCCAACUGGCAAAGGAGAACUUAACGGAGGAGAAACCGUGUCAUGCGAAAACAUGGAUGCACUUCUUUUCUCUACUGUUUCGUCCAUGCAAGGAGGAGCAGACGACUUGUUAGCACCUCCGUGGGUCUCAGCAGAGAGGGAGCCCUUGAAUAUUUGACCACCUGUACACAGCACCACUGAAAUGUUCUCUUCCACCCUCCAAUCAUUCUUGUGACCUUUUUAUUCCAUCCCUGCUCCUUUGUUUCCACUGAGGGACGAUGACUGUGGAAAAACUUGAAUCUUAAAUGCCGCACACCAAGCGGACGACUGGUCCUCUUGCGUGUGUCGAGCGCAGGGUUGCCCGUUGGAGGAAAUAACUGGUUUUAAUAUUCGCAGGGGAGGAGGAGGAACUAGGUGCCUUUUUUUCUGUCCACAAAAACUAAAACUAAGUCCAGAAAACACAAACCACCACCGCAGCACCUCAGUACAGCAACCAGCUGAUCAGGACUGAAGAAGCACACUUUUAAACACACACGCAAACACACACACACACACACACACGCUGUUGUUGAUCCAGUUGGUCACUUCAUUUCUGAGUCCUUGUUUCUUCAUCUGGAUGCCUUAGUUUGUCCCAGUCUCACUAUUUAGCAGCCUGUAGAGAGAUGGAGAGAGAGACUCAUGAGCUCAUGUAAAUACAUAUUCUGCUUCUUGACUAUUUUUUAAUAUCUGGCUAUAUUCCAAAAGACUGAGUUUUGCUUUUUUUCACAUUUUUGAGGGAAGAAAACCCUCUAAAGCCAUCCUCACACACUAGAACUCUCCAGUAAAAAUCUCAGUUGAAUAUUAGUAAUAAGAUUCAAAUAAUAUUCAAUCAGACUUUUGUGGAAUCUGGUGGAAGCGUCUCAGGAUCAGAUCAGCUUUAGCAGGAUUCAUGUAACUAAUGAAACUGCAACACCCAUCAGUCCUCUCUCUCCCUCGCUCUGUCUUUAUCAUUUGUGUUGAUUGAGUCAUGUGACCUAAACCCUGCACCUUCUUCUUUGAAGGAGGGGACUGUGGGAUUGUACUUUUGAAACACCGCAGUGACCACCACGUCCCACGUUAUCUUUCUCUCUCUCUCUCUCUCUUUUUUAAAUAAUUGUAAUAUUUCCUGUUUGGUGUAAAUAGCGUCUCCUGUCCUGUUGGCCAUGGUUACAUCACAGCAGGGUUGGUGUGGUCACUUUUCUAUAUCUGUACAUACACAUAUGUAUAAAACCACAAAAGACUUUCUCUUUUUGUAUAAAAAAGCAAAAACAAUAUUCUAUAUAAAUAUAUAUAUGUAAACAGUGUUUUAUCCAAUCAGAUUGGAUUUCUGAAUAUAUUCUAUUUGAAGAUUUGAAGUUUGAAAAGGUUUGGCUGUUAGACAGGAAGUAAGCACAUGGUCUGAUGCGAUCAGACCACGACCUGUUUGUUUGUUUGUUUAUAGAUGCUCAGGAUGGCUGAAUAUUGUUGUGUUGGAGGGGGGGUGGUCAGCGAGCUCUAGUUCUUCUAGCAGGACCAGCGCUGCCCUCCGCAGGCAAACAGCAGCAACUACAGAAAGGUGAUAUUAAGGUCAAAAGUCAUGGCUGAGUAAAAUAGGCUGGUCCAGUGAUUAUGUGUUUUUGUAGUCCAAAUGACGCUAGCUCCUCCAGAGACUGUGGUAUUCAUUCUACAUAUCACACGAUGGUACCAAAUCAUGAGCCCUGUAAUUCUCAUACGUUAGGUUUGUAUCAGCUCUGAUCCAGGAAGCAGUGAAGCAAUGAUGGUCACUUGAUGGAUCGUGAAAUGAGGUACAGCAGGAGUGUUGAAAACAGCCUCGCUGGAUGACAGUCAGACCUCUUAAAUGCUGUUAAACUCACUACCAUCCAUUUUCUAGAGGUCACAGCAACAGUCUAAGCAGACAUGCUAAGACGGUCUUCCUCAGCCACGCCCUCCAUCUCUUCUGGGGUGAUAAAUGGGUGUUCCCAUUCCAGCGUGCCCUGGUUCUGCCCCACAUUUAGUUGGACAUGCCCAAAACACCUCACCCAGAAAGCAUAAUCACCACCUUACCAGAGUGGAGGGCUUUGGCUGAGUGAUCCCAUGGGUUCAGAAGUCAUUGUUGCCCCUUGUAGGGUCUGUCAGGGUGAAGUGGUCCUGGGUGAGGACCAGGGGAUCAGCCAGAGCCUAGACCACGAGGCUGGACUGGGAUAUUGGUAUUUCAUCCCCAGCUGUCCACAGUAAACUUGAAUAAACUCACUACAAACUGAUUAAAA